GUCCGCAGGCUGGCGAGCCGGCGGCUGCGGGCGGGCUCCGAGCGAGCGAGUGAGCGGAGCGGGCCAGGCCAUGGGGCAGCGGGCGGCGGGCGUGCUGCUGCUGGCGCUGCUGCUACAAGGGCGGCUGCUCGCGGUGAGCCACGGGCUAAGAGCAUAUGAUGGCUUGUCCCUGCCAGAGGAUGCAGAGACAAUUAGCGCCGGCCGGGCUGGCUGGAGCUAUUCAGACCUUUCUGAUGACGAGGAUUUCCUGGCUGAUGAGGCCUCCGGAGAUGGCGUGGGCAGCGGGGACCUGGGCAGCGGGGACUUCCAGAUGGUUUAUUUCCGAGCCCUGGUAAAUUUCACUCGCUCCAUCGACUACAGCCCUCAGCUGGAGGAUGCAGGCUCCGAGGCGUUCCGAGAGGUGUCUGAGGCCGUGGUAGAUACGCUGGAGUCAGAAUACCUGAAGAUUCCCGGAGACCAGGUUGUCAGCGUGGUGUUCAUCAAGGAGCUAGACAGCUGGGUCUUCGUGGAGCUGGACGUGGGCUCCGAAGGGAACGCCGAUGGGGCUCAGAUUCAGGAGGUGCUGCACGCUGUCAUCUCCAGCGGCUCCAUUGCCUCCUACGUCACCUCUCCCCAGGGGUUCCAGUUCCGACGCCUGGGCACAGCACAGACACCCCCGCCCCCACUGGCCGCUGUGGCGGCUGCAGUGACACCAGUGCCCCAGUUCUCAAGAGUCUGCACCGAGGCCGAGUUCGCCUGCCACCGGUACAAUGAGUGUGUGGCCCUGGAGUAUCGAUGUGACCGGAGGCCUGACUGCAGGGACAUGUCUGAUGAACUUGAUUGUGAGGAGCCGGUCCCAGUGCUCAGCUCCCUGCCACCCACACUGGCAGAGACACCGCCGUUACCGCCAUCACCACCUGAGCCGGAGGCAGCCACUGCUCGGCAGCUACCAGCCACCCCUGCUCCCCAGGCUCUGUUCCCCAGUCCAGACAAGGCUGCGCCCUGUGGGCCUCACGAGGCCACAUGCCGCAGUGGGCACUGCAUCCCCAAGGACUACGUCUGUGACGGGCAGGAGGACUGCAGGGACGGCAGUGAUGAACUGGACUGCGGCCCCGCCCCGCCCUGUGAGCCCAAUGAGUUCCCCUGUGGAAAUGGACACUGUGCCCUCAAGCUGUGGCGCUGUGAUGGCGACUUUGACUGUGAGGACCGCACCGAUGAGGCUGACUGCCCCGUCAAGCGCCCCGAGGACGUAUGCGGGCCCACGCAGUUCCGCUGUGUGUCCACAAACACAUGCAUCCCGGCCAGCUUCCACUGUGAUGAGGAGAGUGACUGCCCGGACCGCAGUGACGAGUUUGGCUGCAUGCCUCCCCAGGUGGUGACCCCUCCCCAGGAGUCAAUCCAGGCUUCCCGGGGCCAAACGGUGACCUUCACCUGUGUGGCCAUCGGCGUCCCCACCCCGAUCAUCAACUGGAGACUCAACUGGGGCCACAUCCCCUCUCAUCCCAGGGUGACAGUGACCAGUGAGGGAGGCCGUGGCACACUGAUCAUUCGUGACGUGAAGGAGGCAGACCAAGGGGCCUACACCUGUGAGGCCAUGAAUGCCCGCGGCAUGGUGUUCGGCAUCCCCGACGGGGUCCUGGAGCUCAUCCCGCAGCGAGGACCCUGCCCCGAUGGGCACUUCUACCUGGAGCACAGUGCCUCCUGCCUGCCCUGCUUCUGCUUUGGUGUCACCAACGUGUGCCAGAGCAGCCGCCGCUUCCGAGACCAGAUCCUGCUGCGCUUUGACCGGCCCAAUGACUUCAAGGGCGUGAACGUGACGAUGCCCUCGCAGCCCGGCAUGCCGCCGCUCUCCUCCACCCAGCUGCAGAUCGACGCUGCCCUGCAGGAGUUCCAACUGGUCGACCUGUCCCGACGCUUCCUGGUCCACGACUCCUUCUGGGCUUUGCCUGAGCAGUUCCUGGGCAACAAGGUGGACUCCUAUGGUGGCUUCCUGCGCUACAAGGUGCGCUAUGAGCUGGCGCGUGGCACGCUGGAGCCGGUGCAGCGGCCAGAUGUGGUCCUUGUGGGCGCCGGGCAUCGCCUGCACUCCCGAGGCCACACACCCACACAGCCCGGUACUCUGAACCAGCGCCAGGUCCAGUUCUCUGAGGAGCACUGGGUCCAUGAGUCUGGCCGACCCGUACAGCGGGCAGAGAUGCUGCAGGUACUUCAGAGCCUGGAAGCUGUGUUCAUCCAGACAGUGUACAAUGCCAAGAUGGCCAGUGUGGGGCUGAGUGACAUCUCCAUGGAUACCACUGUCACCUACGCCACCAGCCACGGCCGUGCCCACAGCGUAGAGGAGUGCAGAUGCCCCAUUGGCUAUUCCGGCUUAUCCUGUGAGAGCUGUGAUGCCCACUUCACCCGGGUGCCUGGUGGGCCCUACCUGGGUACCUGCUCUGGCUGCAGCUGUAAUGGCCACGCCAGUUCUUGUGACCCUGUGUAUGGCCACUGCUUGAAUUGCCAGCACAACACAGAGGGGCCACAGUGCAACAAAUGCAAGGCCGGCUUCUUUGGUGAUGCCACCAAGGGCACGGCCACGGCCUGCCGGCCCUGCCCUUGCCCAUACAUCGACGCCUCCCGCAGAUUCUCAGACACCUGCUUCCUGGACACGGAUGGCCAAGCCACGUGUGAUGCAUGUGCCCCAGGCUACACGGGCCGCCGCUGUGAGAGCUGUGCCCCCGGAUACGAGGGCAACCCCAUCCAGCCAGGCGGGAAGUGCAGGCCCACCAACCAGCAGAUUGUGCGCUGUGAUGAGCGAGGCAGCACGGGGACCUCUGGGGAGGCCUGCCGCUGUAAGCUCCCAGCUCUGUGCCUGCAGAACAACGUGGUGGGGCGCCUGUGCAACGAGUGUGUCGCCGGCUCUUUCCACCUGAGCGCCCGCAACCCCGAUGGCUGCCUCAAGUGCUUCUGCAUGGGCGUCAGUCGCCAGUGCACCAGCUCCUCCUGGAGCCGCGCUCAGGUGCUUGGGGCCUCUGAAGAGCCCGCUCAGUUCAGCCUGACCAACGCCGCGGGCACCCACACCACCAGCGAGGGCAUCUCAUCACCCACGCCCGGGGAGCUGGCCUUCUCCUCCUUUCACAGCCUCCUAUCGGGACCCUACUUUUGGAGCCUCCCUUCACGCUUCCUGGGGGACAAGGUGACCUCCUAUGGCGGAGAGCUGCGCUUCACGGUGACCCAGCGGCCCCAGCCUGGCUCUGUGCCCCUGCACGGGCAGCCGUUGGUGGUCCUGCAGGGCAAUAACAUCAUCUUAGAGCAUCACACCUCUCAGGAGCCGAGCCCCGGCCAGCCCAGCACCUUCACCGUGCCCUUCCGGGAGCAAGCUUGGCAACGGCCUGAUGGGCAGCCGGCCACGCGGGAGCACCUGCUGAUGGCACUGGCGGGCAUCGACACGCUCCUGAUCCAGGCAUCCUACACCCAGCGGCCAGCUGAGAGCAGGGUCUCUGGCAUCAGCAUGGACGUGGCUGUGCCCGAGGACACUGGCCAGGACCCUGCACUGGAAGUGGAGCAGUGUACCUGCCCACCUGGGUACCGUGGCCCAUCCUGCCAGGACUGUGACACCGGCUACACACGCAUGCCCAGUGGCCUCUACCUGGGCACCUGCGAACGCUGCAGCUGCCAUGGCCACACAGAGGUCUGUGAGCCCGAAACAGGUGCCUGCCAGGGCUGCCAGCACCACACGGAGGGCCCCCGGUGUGAGCAGUGCCAGCCAGGAUAUUACGGGGACGCUCAGCGUGGGACGCCACAGGACUGCCAGCCAUGCCCAUGCCAUGGAGCCCCUGCUGCUGGCCAAGCCACCCACACUUGCUUUCUGGACACGGACGGCCACCCCACCUGCGAUGCGUGUUCCCCAGGCCACAGCGGGCGUCACUGUGAGAGGUGUGCACCAGGUUACCAUGGCAACCCCAGCCAGGGCCAGCCCUGCCACAGAGACGACGGCCAAGUGCCAGAGCCGAUUGGCUGUAGCUGUCACCCCCAGGGCAGCAUUAGCAACCAGUGCGACGCUGCUGGACAAUGUCAGUGCAAGGCCCAGGUGGAGGGCCCCACCUGCAGCCAUUGCCGGCCCCACCACUUCUAUCUGAGUGCCAGCAACCCGGAUGGCUGCCUGCCCUGCUUCUGCAUGGGCGUCACCCAGCAGUGCUCCAGCUCCUCCUACAUGCGCCACCUGAUCUCCACUCGCUUUGCGCCUGGGGACUUCCAAGGCUUUGCCCUGGUGAACCCACAGCGGAACAGCCGCCUGACAGGAGGCUUCACCGUGGAACCUGUGCCCGAGGGUGCCCAGCUUUCUUUUGGCAACUUCGCCAACCUUGGCCAUGAGUCCUUCUACUGGCAGCUGCCGGAGACAUACCAGGGAGACAAGGUGGCAGCCUACGGCGGAAAGCUGCGAUACUCUCUCUCCUACACGGCAGGGGCCCAGGGCAGCCCGCUCUCUGACCCUGACGUCCAGAUCACGGGCAACAACAUCAUGCUGGUGGCCUCCCAGCCAGCGCUGCAAGGCCCAGAGAGGAGGAGCUACGAGAUCAUUUUCCGAGAGGAAUUCUGGCGCAGGCCUGAUGGGCAGCCGGCCACACGUGAGCACCUCCUGAUGGCGCUGGCAGACCUGGACGAGCUCCUGGUCCGGGCCACGUUCUCCUCGAUGCCACUAGCAGCCAGCAUCAGCUCAGUCAGCCUGGAGGUCGCCCAGCCCGGGCCCUCGGAGGGACCCCGGGCCCCCGAGGUGGAGGAGUGCCGCUGCCCCCCAGGCUAUGUCGGCUCAUCCUGCCAGGAUUGUGCCCCAGGCUACACGCGCACUGGGAGUGGACUCUACCUCGGCCACUGUGAGCUUUGCGAAUGCAAUGGCCACUCAGACCUGUGCCACCCAGAGACCGGGGCCUGCUCGCAAUGCCAGCACAACGCCGCUGGGGAGUUCUGCGAGCUGUGCGCACCUGGCUACUAUGGAGAUGCCACGGCUGGAACACCUGAGGACUGCCAGCCCUGUGCCUGCCCACUGGCCAACCCAGAGAACAUGUUCUCCCGCACCUGUGAAAGCCUGGGAGCUGGUGGGUACCGCUGCACAGCCUGCGAACCUGGCUACACUGGCCAGUACUGUGAGCAGUGUGCCCCAGGAUACGUGGGUAACCCCAAUGUGCGAGGGGGCCGGUGCCUGCCACAGGCAGACCAAGCCCCUCUGGUGGUUCAGGUCCAACCACCUCGGAGCAUAGUACCCCAGGGUGGUCCCCACUCCCUGCGGUGCCAGGUCAGUGGGAGCCCACCCCACUACUUCUACUGGUCCCGUGAAGAUGGACGGCCCUUGCCCAGCAGCACCCAGCAGCGACAUCAAGGCUCUGAGCUCCACUUCCCCAGCGUCCAGCCCUCAGAUGCUGGGGUCUACAUUUGCACCUGUCGCAAUCUCCAUCAUGCCAACACCAGCCGGGCAGAGUUGCUGGUCACUGAGGCUCCCAGCAAGCCCAUCACAGUGACUGUGGAAGAGCAGCGGAGCCAGAGUGUUCGCCCUGGAACCGAUGUCACCUUCAUCUGUACAGCCAAGAGCAAGUCUCCUGCUUACACCCUGGUGUGGACCCGCCUGCACAAUGGGAAACUGCCAACCCGAGCCAUGGAUUUCAAUGGUAUCCUGACCAUUCGCAACGUACAGCCGAGUGACGCAGGCACCUACGUGUGCACUGGCUCCAACAUGUUCGCCAUGGACCAGGGAACAGCCACGCUGCACGUGCAAGCCUCAGGCACCCCGUCCGCCCCCAUGGCCUCCAUCCACCCGCCGCAGCUCACAGUGCAGCCUGGGCAGCUGGCUGAGUUCCGCUGCAGCGCCACGGGGAACCCCACACCCACCCUCGAGUGGACAGGGGGCCCCGGUGGCCAGCUCCCUCAGAAGGCCCAAAUCCUUGGCGGCAUCCUGCGCCUGCCAGCCGUUGAGCCCUCGGAUCAAGCCCAGUACCUGUGCCACGCCCACAGCAGCGCCGGGCAGCACGUGGCGAGGGCCGUGCUCCACGUGCACGGGGGCAACGGGCCCAGGGUCCAGGUGAGUCCAGAGAGGACCCAGGUCCACGAGGGCCGCACCGUCAGGCUGUACUGCAGGGCUGCAGGUGUGCCCAGUGCCACCAUCACCUGGAGGAAGGAAGGGGGCAGCCUCCCCCCGCAGGCCCGGUCUGAACGCACCGACAUCGCCACACUGCUCAUCCCAGCCAUCACAACCGCCGACGCCGGCUUCUACCUCUGCGUGGCCACCAGCCCUGCGGGCACCGCCCAGGCCCGGAUCCAAGUGGUGGUCCUUCCAGCUUCAGGUGCCAGCUCCCCGCCGCCAGUCAGGAUUGAGUCCUCGUCGCCUUCUGUGACCGAAGGGCAGACCCUGGACCUCAACUGCGUGGUGACAGGGCUGGCCCACACCCAGGUCACGUGGUACAAGCGAGGGGGCAGCCUGCCUCCCCACGCCCAGGUGCAUGGCCCCCGGCUGCGGCUGUCCCACGUAUCACCAGCUGAUUCUGGAGAAUAUGUGUGCCGAGUGGAGAAUGAGUCAGGCCCCAAGGAGGCUUCCAUCAUCGUCUCUGUCCUCCACAGCACCCAUUCAGGCCCCAGCUACACCCCAGCUCCUGGUGGAGCCCCAGCUCCAGGCAGUACCCACCCCAUCCGCAUUGAGUCUUCCUCAUCUCACGUGGCCGAAGGGCAGACGCUGGAUCUGAACUGUGUGGUGCCCGGACAGGCCCACGCCCAGGUCACGUGGCACAGGCGUGGGGGCAGCCUCCCUGCCCGGCACCAGACCCAUGGCUCGAGGCUGCGGCUGCACCAGGUGUCCCCAGCCGACUCAGGCGAGUACGUGUGCCGUGUAGUCCUUGGCUCUGGGCCCCUGGAGAGCUCCGUCCUGGUCACCAUUGAGGCGUCUGACUCUGGCACUGGCUCCAUCCCUAGACCCGUCCCGCCUGUCAGGAUCGAGUCCUCAUCCCCCACCGUGGCUGAAGGGCAGACGCUGGAUCUGAACUGUGUGGUGGCAGGGCAGGCCCACGCCCAGGUCACGUGGUACAAACGCGGAGGCAGCCUCCCUGCCCGGCACCAGGUCCGCGGCUCCCGGCUCUACAUCUUCCAGGCCUCACCAGCAGAUGCAGGCGAGUAUGUUUGCCGGGCCAGCAAUGGUGUGGAGGCCACCAUCACAGUCACGGUAACCAGGACCCAGGGAGCCAACUUCGCCUACCCUCCUGGCAGCACACCCAUCCGGAUCGAGCCCUCCUCCUCCCACGUGGCUGAAGGGCAGACCCUGGAUCUGAACUGCGUGGUGCCCGGGCAGGCCCACGCCCAGGUCACAUGGCACAAGCGCGGGGGCAGCCUCCCCGCCCGGCACCAGACCCACGGCUCACUGCUGAGACUCUACCAGGUGUCCCCGGCUGACUCGGGCGAGUAUGUGUGCCGCAUAGUGGGUGGCUCGGUGCCCCUGGAGGCCUCUGUCCUGGUCACCAUUGAGCCUGCAGACUCUGUGCCUGCACUGGGAGUCACCCCUCCAGUCCGGAUCGAGUCGUCCUCCUCACAUGUGGCUGAAGGGCAGACCCUGGAUCUGAACUGCCUGGUUUCUGGGCAAGCCCAAGCCCAGGUCACAUGGCAUAAGCGUGGGGGCAGCCUCCCCGCCCGGCACCAGGUGCAUGGCUCAAGGCUGCGGCUGCCCCAGGUGACUCCAGCUGACUCCGGGGAGUACGUGUGCCGUGUGGUCAGCAGCUCAGGCACCCAGGAAGCCUCGGUCCUUGUCACCAUCCAGCAGCGCCUCGGCCCCUCCCGCCCCCAGAGUGUGGUGUAUCCUGUCCGCAUUGAGUCUUCCUCAGACUCCCUGGCCAAUGGACAUACCCUGGACCUCAACUGCCUGGUGGCCAGUCAAGCGCCCCACACCAUCACCUGGUAUAAGCGUGGAGGCAGCCUACCCAGCCGGCACCAGAUCGUGGGCUCCCGGCUACGGAUCCCCCAGGUGACACCCGCGGACUCAGGUGAGUACGUGUGUCACGUCAGUAACGGUGCUGGCUCCCAGGAGACCUCGCUCAUCGUCACCAUCCAGGGCGGCGGCUCCUCCCACGUGCCCAGUGUCUCCCCACCAAUCAGGAUCGAGUCCUCAUCCCCCACAGUGGUCGAGGGGCAGACCUUGGAUCUGACCUGCGUGGUCGCUGGGCAACCCCAGGCCACCAUCACGUGGUACAAGCGUGGGGGCAGCCUUCCCACCCGACACCAGGCCCACGGCUCCCACCUGCGGCUGCACCAGAUGUCCGUGGCGGACUCGGGCGAGUACGUGUGCCGGGCUAACAACAACAUCGAGGCCCAGGAGGCCUCCAUCGUGGUCUCAGUCUCCCCCAGCACCCGCAGUCCCGCUGUUCCUGGCGGGGCCAUGCCCAUCAGAAUUGAGUCGUCAUCCUCCCACGUGGCCGAAGGGCAGACCCUGGAUCUGAACUGCGUGGUCCCUGGACAGGCCCAUGCCCAGGUCACAUGGCACAAGCGUGGAGGCAGCCUCCCCGCUCACCACCAGGCCCACGGCUCGCGGCUGCGGCUGUACCAGCUGUCCCCGGCUGACUCGGGCGAGUACGUGUGCCGCGUGGUGAGCAGCUCUGGUCCCCUGGAGGCCUCAGUCCUGGUCACCAUCGAGGCCUCUGGCUCUGGCACUAUUCUCGUCCCUGCUGCAGGUGGAACCCCACCCAUCCGCAUUGAGACCUCCUCCUCCCACGUGGCCGAAGGGCAGACCCUGGAUCUGAAAUGUGUGGUGCCUGGCCAGGCCCACGCCCAGGUCACGUGGCACAGGCGCGGGGGCAGUCUUCCCACCCGACACCAGGUCCACGGCCCCCUGCUGAGGCUGAACCAGGUGUCCCCUGCCGACUCCGGCGAGUACUCAUGCCGAGUGACUGGCAGCUCGGGCACCCUGGAGGCUUCUGUGCUGGUCACGAUCGAGGCUUCCAGCCCAAGCCCCAUUCCUGCCCCAGGACUGGCCCAGCCCAUCUACAUUGAGGCCUCCUCCUCCCACGUGACCGAAGGGCAGACCCUGGACCUGAACUGCGUGGUACCUGGGCAGGCCCACGCCCAAGUCACGUGGCACAAGCGUGGCGGCAGCCUCCCUGCCCGGCAUCAGACCCAUGGCUCCCGGCUGCGGCUCCACCAAGUCUCGCAGGCCGACUCUGGAGAAUACGUGUGCCGUGUGGUUGGCAUCUCAGGCCCUGAGCUGGAGGCCUCUUUCACGGUCACUGUCCCACCCAGUGCAGGGUCCUACCGCCUUAGGAGCCCUGUCAUCUCUAUCGACCCGCCCAGCAGCACCGUGCAGCAGGGCCAGGAUGCCAGCUUCAAGUGCCUCAUCCAUGACGGGGCAGCCCCCAUCAGCCUUGAGUGGAAGACUCGGAACCAGGAGCUAGAGGACAACGUCCACAUCAGCCCCAACGGCUCCAUCAUCACCAUUGUGGGCACCCGGCCCAGCAACCAUGGUGCCUACCGCUGCGUGGCCUCUAAUGCCUAUGGUGUGGCCCAGAGCGUCGUGACCCUCAAUGUGCACGGGCCCCCUACGGUGUCGGUGCUCCCCGAGGGCCCUGUGCGGGUGAAAGAAGGAAAGGCCAUCACCCUGGAGUGUGUCAGUGCUGGGGAGCCCCGCUCUUCUGCUCGCUGGACCCGGAUUGGCGCCCCGACCAACUUGGAGCAGCGGCCGCAUGGGCAUCUGGACAGCCAUACGCUGCUGCAGAUAUCUUCAGCUAAGCCAUCAGAUGCAGGCAUCUAUGUAUGCCUAGCUCAGAAUGCACUGGGCACAACACAGAAGCGUGUGGAAGUGAUCGUAGACACGGGCAUCGUGGCCCCGGGGGCCCCCCAAGUCCAAGUAGAAGAAGCUGAGCUGACUGUGGAAGCUGGACACACAGCCACCCUGCGCUGCUCAGCCACAGGCAGCCCCACGCCCACCAUCCACUGGUCCAAGCUGCGCUCCCCACUGCCCUGGCAGCAUCAGCUGGAAGGUGACACGCUAAUCAUCCCGCGGGUAGCCCAGCAGGACUCGGGCCAGUACAUCUGCAACGCCACUAGCCCUGCUGGGCAUGCUGAGGCCACCAUCGCCCUGCAUGUAGAGAGCCCACCAUAUGCCACCACGGUCCCAGAGCACGCCUCAGUGCGGGCAGGGGAGACGGUGCACCUCCAGUGCCUGGCUCACGGGACGCCCCCGCUCACCUUCCAGUGGAGCCGAGUGGGUGGCAGCCUCCCCAGUAGGGUGACCGCAAGGAAGGAGAUGCUGCUCUUUGAGCCUGCGGCUCCUGAGGACUCGGGCCGCUACCGCUGCCGUGUCACCAACAAGGUGGGCUCGGCUGAGGCCUUCGCCCAGGUGCUCGUCCAAGGCCCCUCCGGCUCUCUCCCUGCCACCCCCCACCCAGCAGGAGCCACACCUGCCGUUCAGGUCACCCCUCAGCUGGAGACGAAGAGCAUAGGGGCCAGCGUCGAGUUCCACUGCAUCGUGCCCAGCGACCAGGGCACUCAGCUCCGUUGGGUCAAGGAAGGGGGCCAGCUGCCUCCUGGCCACAGUGUGCACGAUGGAGUGCUCCGAAUCCAGAAUUUGGACCAGAGCUGCCAAGGGACAUAUGUUUGCCAGGCCUAUGGCCCAUGGGGACAGGCACAGGCCAGUGCUCAGCUGGUUGUCCAAGCCCUGCCCUCCGUGCUCAUCAACAUCCGGACCUCCGUGCAGACCGUGGUGGUUGGCCACUCUGUGGAGUUUGAGUGCCUGGCCCUGGGUGACCCCAAGCCUCAGGUGACAUGGAGCAAAGUUGGAGGGCCCCUGCGGCCUGGCAUCGUGCAGACCGGAGGCAUCGUCAGGAUCGCCCACGUGGAGCUGGCCGAUGCUGGCCAGUACCGCUGCACUGCCACCAACGCCGCUGGCACCACCCAGUCCCACGUGCUGCUGCUGGUGCAAGCCUUGCCGCAGAUCUCCACACCCCCGGAGGUCCGUGUGCCCGCUGGUUCUGCAGCCGUCUUCCCCUGCAUGGCCUCUGGCUACCCCACUCCUGACAUCAGCUGGAGCAAGUUGGAUGGGAACCUGCCACCUGACAGCCGCCUGGAGAACAAUAUGCUGCUGCUGCCCUCGGUCCGGCCCCAGGACGCAGGCACGUACGUCUGCACCGCCACCAACCGCCAGGGCAAGGUCAAAGCCUUCGCCCAUUUGCAGGUGCCAGAGCGGGUGGUACCCUACUUCACACAGACCCCCCACUCCUUCCUGCCACUGCCCACCAUCAAGGAUGCCUACAGGAAGUUCGAGAUCAAGAUCACCUUCCGGCCCGACUCAGCUGAUGGCCUCCUUCUCUACUCGGGGAUGCUGCUGUACAAUGGGCAGAAGCGGAUCCCAGGGAGCCCCACCAACCUGGCCAACAGGCAGCCCGACUUCAUCUCCUUUGGCCUUGUGGGCGGAAGACCUGAGUUCCGGUUUGAUGCAGGCUCAGGCAUGGCCACCAUCCGCCACCCCACACCCCUGGCACUGGGCCAGUUCCACACCGUGACUCUGCUGCGCAGCCUCACCCAGGGCUCCCUGAUUGUGGGCAGCCUGACCCCGGUCAAUGGGACCUCCCAGGGCAAGUUCCAGGGCCUGGACCUGAAUGAGGAGCUCUACCUGGGCGGCUACCCCGACUAUGGUGCCAUCCCCAAGGCGGGGCUGAGCAGCGGCUUCGUAGGCUGUGUCCGGGAGCUGCGUAUCCAGGGUGAGGAGAUCGUCUUCCAUGACCUCAACCUUACAGCACAUGGCAUCUCCCACUGCCCCACCUGUCGGGACCGACCCUGCCAGAACGGGGGCCACUGCCAGGACUCGGAGAGCAGCAGCUAUGUGUGUGUGUGCCCAGCUGGCUUCACCGGGAGCCGCUGUGAGCACUCACAGGCCCUGCACUGCCACCCAGAGGCCUGUGGGCCCGACGCCACUUGUGUGAAUCGGCCUGAUGGCCGAGGCUACACCUGCCGCUGCCACCUGGGCCGUUCAGGGAGGAGGUGUGAGGAAGGUGUGACCGUGACCACCCCCUCCAUGUCGGGUACGGGCUCCUACCUGGCGCUGCCUGCUCUCACCAACACACACCACGAGCUACGCCUGGAUGUCGAAUUUAAGCCGCUAGCGCCCGACGGGAUCCUGGUGUUCAGCGGAGGCCAGAGUGGGCCUGUGGAGGACUUUGUGUCCCUGGCGAUGGUUGGCGGCCAUCUGGAGUUCCGUUACGAGUUGGGAUCAGGGCUGGCCAUUCUGCGGAGCUCUGAGCCACUGGCCCUGGGCCGCUGGCACCACGUGUCCGCAGAGCGUUUCAACAAGGAUGGCAGCUUGCGGGUGAACGGCGGGCGCCCCGUGCUGCGCUCCUCGCCCGGCAAGAGCCAGGGCCUCAACCUGCAUACCCUGCUCUACCUCGGUGGCGUGGAGCCAUCCGUGCAGCUGCCCCCGGCCACCAACAUGAGCGCUCACUUCCACGGCUGCAUAGGCGAGGUGUCAGUGAAUGGAAAGCGGCUGGACCUUACCUACAGCUUCCUGGGCAGCCGGGGCAUCGGGCAGUGCUACGACAGCUCCCCGUGUGAGCGCCAGCCUUGCCAGAAUGGCGCCACAUGCAUGCCAGCGGGCGAGUACGAGUUCCAGUGCCUAUGCCGGGAUGGCUUCAAAGGAGACCUCUGUGAACACGAGGAGAACCCCUGCCAGCUCCACGAGCCCUGUCUGCACGGGGGCACCUGCCAGGGCACCCGCUGCCUCUGUCCCCCCGGCUUCUCUGGCCCACGCUGCCAACAAGGCUCUGGACAUGGCAUCGCAGAGUCCGACUGGCAUCUUGAAGGCAGUGGGGGCAACGAUGCCCCCGGGCAGUACGGAGCCUAUUUCUACGAUGACGGCUUCCUCGCUCUGCCUGGCCGCGUCUUCUCCAGGAGCCUCCCUGAAGUGCCCGAGACCAUUGAGCUGGAGGUUCGAACCAGCACAGCCAGCGGCCUCCUGCUCUGGCAGGGCGUGGAGGUGGGAGAGUCCGGCCGAAGCAAGGACUUCAUCUGUCUUGGGCUUCAGGAUGGGCACCUUGUCUUCAGCUACCAGCUAGGCAGUGGGGAGGCCCGCCUUGUCUCCGAGGACCCUAUCAAUGACGGGGAGUGGCAUCGGGUGACGGCACUGCGAGAGGGACGGAGAGGCUCCAUCCAGGUGGACGGUGAGGAGCUGGUCAGCGGCCAGUCCCCAGGCCCUAACGUGGCGGUCAACACCAAGGGCAGCGUCUACAUCGGCGGAGCCCCCGACGUGGCUGCAUUGACCGGGGGCAGGUUCUCCUCGGGCAUCACGGGCUGUAUCAAGAAUCUGGUGCUACACUCUGCCCGGCCUGGCGCCCCACCCCCACAGCCCCUGGAUCUGCAGCACCGUGCCCAGGCAGGGGCCAACAUGCGCCCCUGCCCCUCAUAGGCACUGCCUGCCCCCACACGGACACUCGGGCAGCGCCCCGGCCCCACAACAUCGACUAUAUUAUUAUUAAUAUUAUUAUUAUGAAUAUUUUGUAAGAAACUGAGGCGAUGCCACGCUUUGCUGCUACUGCCCUGGGCUGGACUGGAGGGUGGGCACGCCACCCCCCAACACACAAAUACACCUGGGCAAAGCCACAGCCUGCUGGGCAGGGCAGGUGGGAUGGGAGCAGGUGCCUUAGAGGGCAGCAUUUGAGAGCCCCAGGACUUGAGGUCAGGCAUCGUGGCUGAGUGGGCUCAGAACUGGCCCCACCAAUAAAGCCCCCCCAAGGGAAUGCUGGGCUGCCUAUUUCUUCUGCCCUUGGGCAGCCCUCGUUUCUGCGGGAGCCAACCUCGGCUUACAGCCUGGAGUCUCACCACCUACCUGGAGCAAAGGGCAUCGCAGUGGCCUUUGCCAGCCUCCUCUGUGUUGGGAAAGCUCUUUAGUGCCAACUCUGGAGCAAAAGGCAGCUCACCCCUGGGCAGGCAGCCCCCACCCUGCCAGCCCAUGUCCCACCCCCACCUCCACCUCUACCUAGCCAGCUGGGCCACCUGCCCCUGGCAGCCUCCCCAUCCCACCAAGCCUUCCUGGCCUGCAUCCCCUCAACCCGACACCUAGUCCAGGGCCCCUGCCCUCAGGGGCUGCAAGGGAAACUCCACCCCAGCUCUUACCAGGAGCUGCUACAGGCAGAGCCCAGCACUGAGAGGGUCUCCCUGCCCGUACCAGGACACGUCCCCCCACUGAUCUAGAAGUGAAGGCCCAGGGGACAUGGGGGAGAAGGGCAUUGGUGGUUGGAAAGAGUUAGUGCCUUGGGUGGGGAGAACCAGGACUCAUGCCUGGGAGGGACAGGAAGGGGACAUGACAGCCCUGCCCCAUCUGUGGGAGCCUGAGGGCCCAAAUGGGGGCAAGCAGCCUCCCCACCAGCAGCCCCCAUAUGUGGGGUCGGGGCGCCUGGCCUCUGUGUCCUAGAAGGGACCCUCCUGUGGUUUUUGUCUUGAUCUUUCUUAAUAAACGGUGCUAUCCCUGCCAA